AUGUGUCAGCCCGAGGUCAAUAUAUGUACAAAUACGAAUCGAGAUCAAGGGCUCUUUCAUGAACAGCAAACGUUGAACACUGAACUGUUGGAGCUCAACGAAUGGACGGAACAGAGAAUGAACAAGCAAAUGAUGCUGCACAACCGGAUGGUGGUAUAUUACGAUCGGAUGUUGACAAAAUGCAACGUGUACGAAGAGGAAUUGGAACGAACUCGCACGGAAAAUGCACGUUUCAAAUUCACCUCACAGUGUCUGAUGGACAAGAUCAAAGAAUUGACCAGUACUAUUGUCAAAAAUUCUUCGAUUAAUUCCUUAAAUAAUGAUGAAGUUAACGAUACUAAUAAGGAUGAAGAUUGCAAUAAAGAUAACGAUCACGAUAAAGAUAACGAUCAAGAUAAAGAUAACGAUAAUGAUAACGAUACAGAUUCGAUAGCUACAUACUUGGAGGUGUGUUCCAAAACUUUAAUAGACGAAGUUGGCGCAUACAAGGAACGGGUCGAGAAUGCGACAAUAGAGUUGGGCAAUCUCAAAGACCAGCUUACCAGGUCAGUGGAAAAGCAGGUGUGUCUUAAGGAGUGUGUGGACGAAUUGACAGUGCUGUCAAAAACAGAACGGAUGAAGCGGGACCAAGAUGAGCUGGAACUGCGGACGACGGUGGACCGACUGACGGCUGAGCUUGUCGAGGUGCAACAGGAAAUGAGCCGAUUGCAGUCGGUCGAGGCUGAGAUAUCAGUCAAGUUGAUGCACCGUGAAUCUGAGCAGGGCGAGCUUGAUGAAGUGGUGCGUUCAGACAAUGCCCGGCUGCAGGCUCAGCUGGGGAAGAGUGCAAUUGAGGAGGCCGCGCUGCAAUCGAAGCUAUACGAUCUGGAGCUGGAGCUGUCCAAGCGAACGGAAGCGUCAAAAAUGCAGCAGGAACCGUAUCAGGUCAGCUUUGGCAGCGAGUCGAUAGACGGCUCGUCUACGUCAUUGAUAAUGUACCAGUGUAAUCUGUCCCGAACGAGCGACGAUCAAGUGGCCAGUUUUCCGGACCUAGGACGCGGUGACGACCAAUUGAUACCGUGUUUGUUGUCGUCAACAAAGAGCUGCGCCGUCGCUGAGAACGCCCAACUACCGUGUUCGCAAUCGACCAACGAUGACUGCCGACCAUCGUGUUUGGAUUCGACUAACGAUGACCACCAACCGUCGUCUUCAACGUCAACUGCUGUGCAAGGCAGCGCCGAGACAGCCUCUGAUCCAACAGAGGAUGAGUUGAGUAAUCGUCGUUUGGCUGAAAUUAUUAAACAAUAUGCGAGCCAGGACGACGAUGAUUGCCCCGCUGUGCAAGGUAGCGCCGAGACAGCCUCUGAACCAUCACAGGAUGAGUGGAAUAAUCAACGUUUGGAUGAACUUAUUAAACAAUAUGCGACCCAGGACGACGAUGAUUGCCCUGCUGUUCAAGGCAGCGCCGAGACAGCCUCUGAACCAUCACAGGAUGAGUGGAAAAAUUUUCAUUUGGCUGAACUUAUUAAACAAUAUGAGAGCUAG